GUCUGCAACUCCCCGCUCCCUCGCACCUCACAGUCGGGAACAGAGGUACGGAAUGGACACGGAAGGGAGCCAAAGCAGCCUGUCCUCUGCGGACUCCCCGCACGACCCUUGCAAAAUGUUCAUCGGGGGUCUCAGUUGGCAGACAACACAAGAGGGACUGAAGGAAUACUUUUGUAAAUUUGGAGAGGUGAAGGAGUGUAUGGUGAUGCGGGAUCCGGUUACGAAGAGAUCGAGGGGAUUCGGUUUUGUCACAUAUGUUGACCAAACCGGCGUGGAUAAAGUUUUGGCGCAGAACAGACAUGAACUGGACUCGAAAACAAUUGACCCAAAGGUGGCAUUUCCACGUCGAGCUCAGCCCAAGAUGGUCACCAGGACAAAGAAGAUAUUUGUCGGCGGUCUCUCUGUUAACACCACCAUCGAGGACGUGAAGCAGUAUUUUGACCAGUUUGGGAAGGUCGAUGACGCCAUGCUCAUGUUUGACAAAACCACCAACAGACACAGAGGCUUUGGGUUUGUCACCUUUGAGAAUGAAGAUGUGGUGGAGAAAGUCUGUGAGAUCCACUUCCAUGAGAUCAACAACAAGAUGGUGGAGUGUAAGAAGGCCCAGCCGAAGGAGGUCAUGUCACCGACGGGCUCGGCUCGAGGGCGCUCCAGGGUGAUGCCCUACGGCAUGGAUGCCUUCAUGCUGGGCAUCGGCAUGCUGGGUUACCCAGGCUUCCAGACCGCCACCUAUGCUAGUCGCAGUUACGCUGGUAUCGCACCUGGAUACACCUACCAGUUCCCUGAAUUCCAUUUAGAGAGGACCCCCCUCCUGACAUCAUCCCACCCCUCUGAACUCGCAGCCAUUCCACUGACGGCGUAUGGGCCAAUGGCAGCCGCAGCAGCUGCAGCUGCAGUGGUCAGAGGCUCGACACCCUCGCGUGGGUUCCUGGGCACCAGCAGCCCUGGACCAAUGGCUGACCUGUAUGCAGCAGCCAAUCAGGAUUCAGGAGUGAGCAGCUACAUGAGCGCAGCCAGCCCUGCUCCUAGUUCAGGCUUUGGGCAUGGACUAGGGGUUUGGCAACAAAGACUCACAGAAGGUCCUAUGAUAGCGACGGCCUUUACUAACGGCUACCACUGAGAGCUCUCCUAGCUGCACCCAACGUGGAGGGGGCGGUCCAUCCUGCUGUUGAGCCAAUCAAACUGCUGUGUGCCUCUUGAUGGUACGAUCUGAUUGGCUGCUGCAGGUGUCCCCUGAUUUCUACCCCCACUUGACUGAAGAUCUUUUUUUUUUUUUCCUAAAGAAAAAGAUUUCUUCCUCCCUCUCAUUUCCUGUCUUCUGUACUAACAUCACUUCCUUCAUCUGAUCCCUCGUUUUUAUCCUGAUCUUUACCUUUAUCUAAACUGCUAUGAGUAGGCUUUCUCAAUGGCUCAGUUGCGAUGUGCUGUCUUUUCAGAUGAAAAACAGGAAAAAAAGAAAAAGUUAAAAAAAAAAAUCAGAGGAAGGUUUGGGGUUGUACUUGAGGAAAACAUGAGGAGUGUUUUAUGUUGUUGUUUUUUUUGAUUGUUUCUUUUUUGAGGAGUUUUAAUUUAAUUGCUACAUUACGAUGUCUCAUUUUAAUGUUUUGUUGACUAUGUACUUUUGUGUUUUAUUUUGCAACACAAAACAUGCUGUGUAGAUGGAGGGAGAGAGAGAAAGAGAGAGAGAGAGAGCAAAAGAAAAGAAAGAUGUUUGAGAACACAAGAGGUGUUGGUGUCAUCCUCUCCUCCUUAGAACUCCUAACAAAAUUUUAACACAAGAACAAACAUGCGAAAGGCAAAUUCUCUUUCCUUUUCUACUUUAACAAAAAAAGAGACACAGGAAAACAUGGAAAAAACUAAAAUGUAUAUUUUGGUAGUUUUUAAACAAACAACAUUUGUAAUAUUAUUAUUAAUAUCAAACAGUGAUGAGAUUUGUUUUCUUCUGUAAUUGGUUUAAAAAAAAAUGUUUUAUUUCCUCCUGUAAGAUAUUGUACAUACAACACAUAGCGGGGUGGGUGUGUGUGUGGGGUAACUUUCAAGUGGGAGGGGGGUUGGGGUGGGGCGGGGUUGAUUGGGCUGGAGAAGGACUUUAUAUCGCAGGACUUCGCAGUUGAUGUUGACAGUUUGGGUGGGUAAAUCGGGGAGGGUGGGGGUGGGGGGUCUCUCUCUAAACUGGACGUUUUCUGCUGUGGGCAUUGCGUUGGCCGGAGGCGUCUGCUGUGGGCAUUGCGUUGGCCGGAGGCGUGUGCGCGAUCGCAGGCCUGCUGCUGGACAGGACUAGUGGGUUUGACGGUGGCCGGCUUUCCAGUUUCGUCUCACGUUACACCUGCUCACUUUUGUGUCGUUUUUUUUCCGAAACUGACUUUCGCGUGAUUGGAGUUACUGAGGUUUUUUUCUGAGCUGUUGCACAGUGUGUGUGUGUGAGGUCAGUGUACAUUGGUUUUUUUUUCCACUGGUGAACAUUUCAGGUCCUUAAACUGCAAUGACAUCUACGCUUAUCAAUUCACUUCUAGUUCUAAUGUUAUUACUUGUUUUAAAGGUAUGGCUUCACUGGGUUCAGUUAGGGUAAACUUGAUCAUCUUAACAUUUCUGCUAACAUAAAUGAGACACAAACUGUGGCCUGCUUGCGCAGUUGUUCCUAUUGGCAUGGAGUUCACGUGGCUGGGUCUGGUUCUCGGUGACCUACCCCGGCUUGAGAGGUGGUAUCCACCAUCGUGGUUUGACGUGUUCCUCUCUAACAAACUCUGCUGAGUUCUGCACAUGUGAAAAAUGUGGGAUUGCAUGGGAUUUGGCGAUGGUUGUACCUGUACUGAUAUGAUGUACUGUCCUGAUCAGCCCCUGCAUGAGUCAAUUGGAUUGUGGGAAUGGGAACAGGACGAAGGUCAGUGUGGACCUCCAGUGUUUUAAUGGCUUUGGUCAAAGCUGGGCUGGUUUGUGGGUUCUGGGUGCGGGGGGGAGUGGGAUGGGGUGGGGUGGUUCUUAAUACUGCUUUUCUGGGAAAUAUAUAUAUUUUUUGCGCAAUUUGUCUUCUAUUGUAAAUUUCUUUGUCUGGUUUCCUUUCCUUGCCCGUUGCAAUAACGGUGAUUUUUUUACUGUGUUUAAAAAAAAAAAAAAAAACGAUGAAGGACACA